AUGCCUGGAGGAGUCACCGUUCGCGAUGUCGAUGCCCACAAGUUCGUCGGCGCCUACGCCGCUUUCUUGAAGCGUCAGGGCAAGCUCCCCGUCCCCGGUUGGGUUGACACCGUCAAGACCGGCCCCGCCAAGGAGAUGCCUCCCCAGGACAUCGACUGGUUCUACGUCCGUGCCGCUGCCGUCGCUCGUCACGUCUACCUCCGCAAGACCGUUGGUGUCGGCCGCCUCCGCCGCGUUCACGGCAGCGCCAAGAACCGUGGCUCGCGCCCCUCCCACCACGUCGAGGCCUCCGGCAGCGUUGAUCGCAAGAUCAUGCAGGCUCUUGAGAAGAUCCAGGUCCUUGAGCAGGAUGAGGAGAAGGGUGGCCGCCGCAUCACGCAACAGGGUCAGCGUGAUCUUGACCGUAUUGCCCAGACCGUUGCUGAGGCUGAGGGUGAGGAGGAUGAGGAUGACGAGUAA